AUGUUUGAGCAACCAAUCGUGGCCUUUGAGCCUGGAAAAGGCUUCGACCUUGUCGGCGCAGACAUCUUCGUCGAAGAGAAAGAGCCCGAAGGCGUCUUCAUCGCGGCGCGGAACUUGGUCAAGGACUUUGCCAAAGUCACCGGAAGUGGCGGCAAUGCGGUGAUCUCAGAGCGCCGCUCACCGACCAAGUCCAAGUCGGUCAUCAUCAUUGGUUCCGUGCCGCAGUCUUCGACGAUUCGGAGCUUGCAUGAUGGUCGGAGCAUCGACACGACACCCAUCGAGGGCAAGUGGGAGUCUUGGAUGACCACUUGCGUCGCCAAUCCGUUUGAAGGUUACGACAAUGCCCUGGUCAUUGCGGGCAGUGACAAGCGAGGAACCAUAUUUGGCAUAUACUCUCUCUGCGAGCAGAUUGGAGUUUCACCGUGGCAUUGGUGGGCUGAUGUGCCGCCAAAGAGGCACGAUGAGAUCUGGGCGCUGCCCGUGUCGACCGUCAACGGCGAGCCAAGCGUGAAGUAUCGCGGUAUUUUCAUCAACGAUGAGUCCCCAGGCAUGGACUCGUGGGUGCACGAAAAAUUCGGUCCCAAGUUCGAUGCCAGGCUAUACCACUACAUCUUUGAACUCUUGCUCAGACUCAAAGCCAACUUCAUGUGGCCUGCCAUGUGGCGAGGAUAUCCUUAUCCGGGCCGCUCUUUCUUCGUUGAUGAUCCCAAAAACCAAGCCCUCGCCGACACGUACGGCAUCGUCAUGGGGACGUCUCAUCAUGAGCCGAUGCAGAGGGCGAUGAAUGAGUGGUCCACCACGCAGCCCGAUGGGACCUGGGAUUGGGACAGGAACCGAGCCAAAGUCACGCAAUACUUUGAAGAAGGCGCGGAGCGAGCGAGGCCCUACGAGUCGUACUUUACCCUAGGGAUGAGAGGCGAGGGCGACAAUCCCAUCAACGGCAGCGACCCGCCGAGGAUCUUGCGCGAGGUGCUCGCCACUCAGCGAGACAUCAUCAAGAAGAAUUACGGCCGCGAGGAUGGCGUCCUCCAGCUCAUGGCCCUCUACAACGAAGUCCAAAAAUACUAUGACAAUGGGCUGGAGAUUCCGGAGGAUGUUACUCUCUUGUUCUCCGACGACAACUUUGGCACGCUCCGUCGGCUCCCAAAUGAGGACGAACUCAAGAGACCUGGUGGAUCCGGGUUCUACUACCAUUUUCAGUACACCGGGUACCCGCGUUGCUACAGGUGGAUGAACAGCAACACUUUGGGCAAGGCGUGGCAUCAGCUUCAGCUUGCGUAUGAACGGGGAGCCAAUCGCAUCUGGGUGAUCAACGUUGGCGAUCUCAAGCCUAUUGAGGUCCCAAUGAGCUUCGCCUUUGACCUGGCCUGGAACGUCAAGUCCAUCCGCGCGGACGCCUUCACCACCUACUACAAGGAGCUUGCCACGCGCGAGUUUGGAGGCGAUCAUUCUGAGAGGAUCGCCAAAGCCUGGAACGAUUUCGACCGCCUCGUCGCGUUGCGCAAACAGGACCACAUCGACGUGGACACCUUCGUCCUGCUCAAGUACAAUGAAGCGGACACCAUUGUCGGGCGAUGGAAGAAGCUCUACCAAGACGCCAAGUCCAUCAACGUCGAGCUUGACGAGCAGUAUAAGUCCGCAUUCUUCCAGCUCGUGCUUCAACCCAUCAAAGCAUCGUAUCUCUGUACCUUGUUGCGCGUAACUCAGUACCGGAAUCAGCUUUUUGCGAAGCAGCGCCGGAACACAACCAAUGUGCUCUUCUUCCGGAGCCUCAAGCUUCUUGACAAAGACCAUGAGCUGACCGAAGAGUAUCACUCCAUUAACAAUGGAAAGUGGAAUCACUACCUCCGGCAGCCGCACUACGGGUAUGGACCAACGGGCGCGCAGCCAUCGAGGAACAUGAUUGAGGGUCUAUGUUACGUCCAGACCAAGGAGGACUCGAACCCCAGCAUUGGCCACAUGGGCAUCGCUGUGGAGGGCAUUGAGGGUAUCAACCCAGGCCACAUCAACGAGGACUCGGAUCGGACGCACCCAUCACGCAAGUGGCUUGAGCCGGGCGUCACCCUACCAUUUAUCACACCCUACGGCCCCCAGUCGCGAUACUUCGAAGUCUUCCACCGCGGCACGAAAGCCUUCUCCUGGGUUGCCAAACCGCAGUAUGACUGGAUCACGCUGUCGCAGUACCAAGGACACCUCAACCCGCAGGACGAUGAUACCAAGGUCACCAUUCUCAUUGACUGGCCCAGGGUGCCGCCCGCCUUUGACGAGAAUGUCUACAUUGAGAUUGUCGGCACGCGUGACGGCUACGAAAAGGUGCACGUCGUCGUUCGAAACUACUUUGUGCCUGAUGAGUUCACCGGCUUCGUGGAGACGAGCGGACAUCUCGCCAUCGACGCCGGCAACUGGGCCGCGGCACCCUACGUUUCCUUGCCGGCGCUGGGCCGCCCGCUCGCCGGCUCCGUCACACUCCCAAACGACACUGACUUCAGCAAGGCCGACGAGCUGCCUUUCCUCCGGUACCCGGUCUGGGUCUUUUCUGGUCGCGACAACGCGAAUCUGGAGCUGCAGUUCAACAUGACGCUCGAGACAGACCCGCGCGACCGCAUGGAAUACGACCUUCGCUGGGACGGGGCCGCGGUGCAGCGGUACCGCCUGACCGAGGACGACCCGGGCAAUGACAAGGGACUGCCGCGCGGUUGGAACGUGGCCGUCAUGGACUGCGUGUGGCGCAAGAACCACAACCUGAGCGGCGUUGGCGUGGGCGCGCACACGCUCGAGAUUCGGUUCCGGAAGCCCAACAUGAUCCUGGAGAAGCUCGUGAUGGACCUGGGGGACUUGAGAUACACGUACCUUGGGCCACCGGAGAGCGAUUACGUGGAAGCCACCGGCGGGAGUAUCGUGGAAGUGGGGGUUGAGGAUAGCUUGGCUUUGAGGUUGGCUCUAUGA